AUGGAUCCGCUGGGUGAGUAUCCUUUUGAGAACUCGUUAGACAGCGACGGAGUGCUGAACAAUGGAAACAUUGUGUUAGUUCUGCAACACAACGGAGAAUGGUGGCUGGGAUACGUUCAGGAUGUCGAUGGUGAAAAUCUGUUCGUGAAUUUCGGCUCCACAACUUCUCCCGCCUGCUGGAUGCAUUCGCGUCAGGUUUGGCCACAUCCCCUUAUGGACAAGAGCACAUAUUCCAUUGACAAAGAAAUCAAGGAGAACGGCAGUUUUAUGGUGCGGGUAGCCUUGCGACGGGAGGACCAUGGACCAUGGGCGGUUUGGGAUGAGGAGCUCUUGGCUACGGCGUGUGAAGAAUAUUAUUUGCCUGGCAAGCUAUUACUUUCGAGUGACGUGCUAUUUUUCGAGCAGUCUUCCACCGAAGGAUCUGUCUGCGACGAAGAUUGUGGGAUUUUCGAUUUAUCGUUGGACGUAUUAGCCGAGAUUCUGUAUAGUACCGACUUGCACACUCAAGCGAGGCUAGUGCGGGUCUGUCCACAGUGGUGGGAGAUCUUGGCUGACCAUGAAGGGAAACGGCACAUCACCGUGGACAUUCGCAGGUUCAUCCCAUGGUCGCACACCAGUAUGUACCGCUUGGCCUGGUGUAUGGAUCACAAGUUGACACGGCAAACGGAAACCGUCACCUUAAUCGAUCUUUCGAUGCCACGCGACCUGGUGGCGGGCGAACUCUUUCUCCACUUGCAGCUGCGGUACGCUCAUGUCCGCUGGAUGAAAGUGCAAUAUCGGAUUCCGGAAUAAGGCAGCUUACCUCUCUGUGAACAGAAAUAACUGCG